AUGCAGUCCAUGAAAAAGAAGAUCGUUCUAGCUCUCAAAAAGCAGCAGGCGGAGCUUCAAUCGAAAGUCCAGGAGGCCGAGCGAGCGCGGGACGAGGCUCUAAAGCGAGCUGAAGCCGCGGAAUCAGGAGCUUCUAACGGAGAUGCGUCUAAAGGAGCGGAUCCGGCCGCACUGCAGCAGCUGCAGGACCAACUCAAUGCGUCGCAGCAGGAACUGAAAAUGCUAAGGGAAGAGUACGUGGUCGCGAGCGAGAAGUUGAAGGCUGCGGAAGACCAGGUCAGAUCAGCGGAGGAGGAGAGAAAGAAAGCCUUGGACGACGCGAAUGCGGCUCAGAAGAGCCUUCGCGCGUCGAAAGAGGAGGUUCAGAUGGUCCGCGAGCAAUGGACGGCGGCGCAAGGCGCGCUGAUGACCACUCAGGAGGAGCUUAGCGGUCUGCAGGAGCAGCUGCGGAAGGCGCAGGGGGAGGCGCGGGAGGCGCAGGAAGGGCGCGCGGCGGCGCAGCAGGCGCUGCAGGCGCUGGGGGAGCGGGUGAAGGCGGCGGAGGCGGAGAAGCAGAGCGAUCAGGCGGAGCAGCGGCGCGCGCAGGAGGUUGUGGCGCGCGCGGAGCAGCAGCUGAAAGCCGCGCAGGCGGAGCGCGAGAAGGCGAUGGAGGCGCUAAGUGCUGCUCGGAGAGAGCUGGAGGGUUCUCGGGCAGACGGGGAAGAGAUGGCCGGGCAGCUGAAAGCAAUUCAGGUGGAACUGGAAGCUUCGAAGGAAGAUGGGAGCAAGCUGCAGGCGCUGGUGGCGGACUUGCAGAGGAAGCUUCCUGCGGUGGAGCAGGAGAAGGAAGGGCUGAGAGGGGAUAAGGAGAAGAUGGAAUCGGAGAUUAAAGCGCUAAGGGAUGAGCUCGAGGGUCUGAGACACGGGAAGGAAGCUUCGCUGGAAGAGCUGCGUGCUCAAGUCGAAAGCUCCCGGAAGGAGCUGGGGGAAGUCAAAGCGGAGCUGGAGAAGGCGAAGGAGGAGGUCGGAAAGGCUCAAUGCGAGGCGACGAACAAGGGCGCGCAGGUAGAGGAGUUGCUUCAGGCGCAGGAGGCGCUUCAGGGGGAGAUUGAGAAGGCCAAGGCGGCGGCAGCAGAAGCGAAGGAGGAGGCUGGAAAGGCUCAGUGCGAGGCGACGAAUAAAGGGGCGCAGGUGGAGGAGCUGCUUCAGGCGCAGGCGGCGCUUCAGGGGGAGCUUGAGCAGGCCAAAGCGGCGGAAGCUGAAGCCCAGGAGGAACUGGGGAAGGUGCGAUGUGAGGCGACGAACAAAGGAGCGCAGGCAGAGGAGUUGCUUCAGGCGCAGGCGGCGCUUCAGGGGGAGGUUGAGAAGGCCAAGGCAGCGGCAGCAGAGGCGCAGGAAGAACUGGGGAAGGUGCGAUGUGAGGCGACGAACAAGGGCGCGCAGGUGGAGGAGCUGCUUCAGGCUCAGGCUUCGCUGACAGGCGAGCUGAAGGGCAUGCGAGGGGCCAUGGAUCAUGUGCAGAAGGCUGCAUCGGAGAAAGAGGAGGUACUUGAGAUGUAUCAUAGCAUGCAGAAAGAGCUGGCAGAUCUCGCGGCAAAGUCAGAUUCCCUCAAAGACCAGCUGGCAGCCGCGCAGGCUGAGCUGGCAUCGACGAAAUCCUCGCUGGAAAAGGAGAUUCACGGAAGGGAGGCUGCGCAGAGAGAAGCAGAGGAGGCUCGAGCAGCGUUGGACUCUUUCCAGGAAAGUGCCGGAAAGGAGCAGCAGCAGGCGGGGGAGCUGUGGCAGCAGCUGCUAGACACGCGAAAGCAGGUUGCAGCAGAGAUGGAUAGGGCGGAUGGGAGUGAGAAAGAGGCGGAGGGAUUGAGGAAGAGGGUUGAGGGGUUGGAGAGAGUGGUUGAAGAGAAGGAGAAGGAAGGGGAUGCUGUGAGGGGGGAGCUAGAGGGAGUGAGGGGGAGGUUAGGGGAGGUGGAGGGGAGGGUGAAGGAGUUGGGGGAGGAAGUUGCUGCGAAGGAGGAGGAGGUGGGUGGGCUGAGGAGGGAGUUGGAGGUUGCAUUGAAAGCAGCUGAGGAGGCGAAGGAGGAGGGUGAGAAGGUAAGGAAAGAGGCUGAGGAGCUAAAGAAGGAGAUUGAUGUCCUAGUAGGGACGAAGGAGGCGGAGAUCAAAGCCUGGGAGGAGGAGAUUAAAGCCAAGGAGGAGGAGAUUCGGGGGCUUAAGGAGCAGAUGGAGCAGGCAGUAGCAGAGAAGGGAUCAGGGGAGGCGGAGGCUGCUAGGAUGGGCGAAGACAGGAAGGCGUUAGAGGGCCGGGUGGCGGAGCUUCAAGGGGAGCUAGAGAGGGCAAAAGCGGAGGUGGAGAGCGGUAAAGAGGAGUUGGAGAGGGCGAAAGGGGAAGCAGAGAAAGCAAAAGAGGAGGCGGAGAGCGUUAAAGGGGAACUCGAGAGUGUGAAAGAGGAGGCAGAGAGGGCGAAAGGGGAGGUGGAAAAGGGUGUGGUUGAAGUGGAGAAGGCGAGAGGCUCGCUUAAGGCAGCAGAGGAGAGGGUUAGAGAGCUGGAGGAGAAGGAGGGAGAGUGGGAAGGGAGAGAUGCUGAAGUGAGAAAGAAACUGGAAGAAGCAGAAGCGGCUUUGGGUGUGGCUAAGGCUGAAGCAGCAGCUGCAGGGGCGGAGGCGGCAGGUGCAGCUGCGGCAGGGGCUGUGGCAGGAGAGGCGCGAGUGGCAGAGCUUGAAGAGGCGUUGAAAGUGGUGAAGAGGGAGAAGGAGCGGUUGGAUGAGGAGUUGGAGGAGGCGUUGGGGAAGGCGAGGGAGGCGGAGAGGAGGAGCGAGCAGGCACAGGCAGAGAUUGAGGCAGAGCGGCAGGGGAUGAGGGAGAAGAAUGAGAAGGAGAGUGCAGAGAGGGCGGAUGGGGAGAAGAGAGUGAGUGAGCUCACAGCUGAAUUGGAAGGAGUGAAGGCAAGGGCAGAAGCGGCUGAGCUAGAGGCAGGGAGGAUGAGAGAGGAGGCGGAGAGGGGGAGAGAGCAGCUGGCUAUGUCGGGCGGGGCGCAGGCUGAGGAGCUGGCGAAGGUGAAUGCUGAGCUGGCGAAGGCGAACGCUGAGCUGGCGAGGGUGUCGGGUGAGCUGGCGCAGGCUGCGGCUGCCCGCGUGGCGGCGGAGGAGGCCGCUGCCAGGGUGGCGGGUGCUGCAGGGGAGGCGAUGGGGAAGGCUGAGUCAGCAGAGAGUGAGCUGGCAACAGUACGCAGCAAGCUGGAGUCAGAGCUGAAGGCAGCAGAAGACAAGUACGCUGAGCUGGACAGCAAGUUCAACCGGCUUCAGAAGCGCGCCAAGCAGCGGAUCCAGGAAGUUACCAAGGAGAAAGAGGAGGCGGAGAGGAAACUUGCAGAGGAGAAGAAGCAGCAGGCAGCGCUGCAGGAGGACCUGGAGAGAGCCAAGGGGGUGGCUGCAGAGGCGCAGCGCACGGCUGAGAAGGACAAGGAGCAGCUGAGGAAGACCAACGCGUCACUGAAGGAAGAGGUGGACGAGCUGAGGCGAGCCCUGGAGCUAAAGGAGCACAACCUGAAAGAAUCACGGAGGCUGGCAGCGGGCAAGGAGCAGGCGUGGCUGGAGCUGUCGAGCUCAGCGCAGGAGGAGCGGGAGCUGAACCCUGUUGUGUUCCUGGGCCUUUUCCCCUUUCACCUCUCCCUGACCCAGACUGAAGGAAGAGCGGGCAAGGAGCAGGCGUGGCUGGAGCUGUCGAGCUCAGCGCAGGAGGAGCGGGAGCUGAACCCUGUUGUGUUCCUGGGCCUUUUCCCCUUUCACCUCUCCCUGACCCAGACUGAAGGAAGAGAGGUGGACGAGCUGAGGCGAGCCCUGGAGCUAAAGGAGCACAACCUGAAAGAAUCACGGAGGCUGGCAGCGGGCAAGGAGCAGGCGUGGCUGGAGCUGUCGAGCUCAGCGCAGGAGGAGCGGGAACGCAUGGCGGGGGCAGUGAGGGAUGUGGAGGAGCGGAUGGAGCGGAUGGGGAAGGAGCAGGAGGCGCGGGCGGCGGAGCUGCAGCGGGAGCUGAAUAAGGCUCUGGAGAGCAGCAGUGCGCUGCAGGUCCAGCUGUCGCAGAAAGAGCGCCAGCUGGCGGAGGUGGAGGCCGCCACGUCAGGCGAGCUGGCGCGGCUGUCGGCCACUCUGGAGGCGACACGUGGCGAGCUGCACCGGCUGGAGCAGAAGCUUCAGGAGGAGAGGAGCGGGUGGGAGGAGACGGUCGCUCAGCUGAAGAGGCGGGUGGAGGGGAUGGAGAGGGGGAAGCGGAUGCAGGAGGUGGCGAUGCAGGAGGCGAAGGGGGCGUGGCAGGCGGAGGUGGAGGGGCAGAAGAAGGCCGUUGCUGCUGCUUUGGCGGAUUUAGCUGCUGCACAGGCGGAGGUGGCGAAGGGGCGUGAUGAGCUGGCGGCGUAUAAGGUGCGGGCGGCAGCGAUGCUGAAGAAGAAGCAGGAGGAGCUGGAGGCGGUGGGGAACGCGGAUGCCAUUGCGAGCAAGGAAGAGGAGAUCAAGGAAGCAAAAAGGGCAGAGGCAGCGGCAGUGGCGGAGAGGGACCGAGCGCUCAAGGCUUUGGAGGAUGCUGCUGUGGACCAUGAGACACAGAUGUCAGCGCGGAAUGUUGCACUGAUGGAGGCGGAAUCGAAGAUACGAGAGCUGACAGGCAGGCUGGAGGCGGUGAGGCAGCAGAGCCAGGCGGCCCAGGAGGAAAUGCAUGGGCGGAUGAUGGACCUGGAAGACGGAUGGCGCGAGAAGCUGCGGCAGCAGGAGGAGAAGCUGAAGGGGCAGACAGACAGCCAGACGGCAUCUCUAGAGACAGAGUUGAGGAGGAGGGUGGAGGCGGGGGAGAGGGAGCACGCUGCAUACCGAGAGAUGGCAGACAGAACCAUAGAGGCCAAGGACAAGGCCAUUGAGGGGAAGGAUAAGGAGAUCGCUCGGCUCUCUGCUGAAGCAGCACGUCUGCAGGAGGCUCUGAUUGCUGCCCAGGCUGGUGCUGCUGCUGCUGGUGCUGGUGGUGGUGGUGGUGCUGGUGCUGGUGGUGGUGGUGGUGGUGGUGGUGAGGGUGUUGGUGCUGUCAAUGCUGGUGGAGGGGAGGGUGAUGGGUUGAAGAUUGCAGGGCUGGGUGCUGCAGGGAUGGAUGGAGCGGCAAGUCCCAGGAAACCAGCACUCAUCUCUCCCGGUUCUCGGAUGUCAGAUCCAGGUUUCGGCAGCAAAUCAGCUGCAUCUGGCCUGCCUCUCUCCCUUGAGGGGAUGGGGCUGGCAGACAACCCAGCAGAGAAGGCUGCAAUCGCAGAGCAACACAUUCUGUUCCUUGCACGUCAGCAAGCGCAAAGGGAGGAGGAGGUCGCACAGUGUAGGAGGCACAUUCAGGCACUGCAGGAGGAAAUCACGGACCUGCAGAGGGAGAAUCAAUUGAGAGCCAAGCAGGAAUCUGUGUUGAAAGAGGAGCUGAGGAACAUGGAGAGAGCGCAGAAGAGAGAGACGGUGGACAUGACUUAUCUUAAGAAUGUCAUUCUGCAGCUGCUUAUCAGAACAGACCAGAGGGCGACCCUCAUUCCUGUAAUUGGCAUGAUACUGCAGUUCAGCCCAGAGGAGUUGAAACAGUGUCGAGGAUCAUGA